GUGUCUUGCAAUGGACGGGGAGAUCUUCCACUUCAGGAAAUGGACAAAUUGGAUCUUUUGGUACCAGAAUCGCUGUUUUGAAUUUCAGGACACGUGGCUUAACUAUUACUGGGACAAAGAUGACAUCGGCAAGCUUAUCCGUGGCAGCAUCAAUCUCAGCAGCGCCACAGCACAGAGAAUCGACUCGAAGACCCUGUGUUUGUUUAACGAUAAGGUGACGUACUACCUCAAGGCAGACAGUAUAAAGGACAUGGAGGACUUCAUCGGUAGACUGACGGAGUUAAAUGUCUCUGUGACUGGCAACUAGAGGAGCAGAUCCUUGCGCUGAGCAGUGUACUAAGUGCUUUGUUCAUUGGGAAAGUGAGGCUUGCAUUCCAAAGGCUGUUUUCACUCAGAACCGCUGAUUCCUCAAAGCAUGGAAAUGCCCAAAUGUUUGAAACGGUUUCUUAUUGCAUAGCUGAGAAGCAAAAUUUACCCAUCUCCUGCUGCUUACUUGUAAGAUAGAAACGGGGGGACAUCAGGUGUGUAGGGAAAUGGAGGAUGUGCAAUGCAGGAGAAGGAGCAGAAGUCUUCAGCUUAGAAAAUACAACGUUCUUUGCAAUGCUGAUGCGAGCAUUACCUUUGGAGAAGCUGCAUUUGGUAAUUACUGAUAAAUGGGAAUGAAUAUUGGCUUCAGCUCGCACAAUGCAUAGGCAUGGCAAAAUGCAAACUGGUUACCACUGGAUUCUGAAUGCUUUGUAAUAUCAGUUUUUCACACUACAACAUUAUGCGAAUAUUGGUGAUUGGUGAUGUAUCUCUCAAUCUCUGUUCUCUCUAUGCAGUAAUGAUGUGAUAAAUUGCUAUUUUUUCUCUUCACUUUACUUAUAU